UCCUCAAAUACCAGAUCGUGAUGGAUUAGUACAAAGUGUCAAAACCGCCCUGGAGCAUUUUGAUAAAUGUUUUGAUAAUCAAAUCAAGGACGUAAAUUUUUACAGACAUGUCAAAGAGAUCAUGGAACAGGGUCGCAAAUUUCGAUCCAUGACUCAAGAUUCGGUUGGCUAUUGUGAAGUGAUGGCAGCGCAUGCUACGGAUUUUAUGGAAUAUACGCAGAUCUUGAUGGAAGAUGAUGUUUCAGGAGGAGAUUUUAUUGGAGUUAUGAAAUCUCAUAUUCAAUCGGCUACUUUCAACAAAUCAAGCGCGGCACGCCUAACAAAAGGAUAUUGUGAUAUGUUGGCUACUUUAAAAAACAUAGUGAAUGAACUCGAAGAUUACAUCGUUCGUAGUAAUGUGGAAAGGAAGCCGGAAAAGAAAAUAGAAAAAGAAGUUCCGGAAAUCCAAGAACCACAAGCCAGUCCUUGGGUCACAGUGGGUAAUAGUAUAUUAACCGGGGUUAAUCUUGCAGCCUCAAACAUAAAUGAUUUGAUCAACGCCGUAGGCACAUCCGUCGUGGGAGAUCGUUACGAGAACGAACUUCAACGAAUUAAUCAAAUUAUAGAAGAUGUUAAUAUUGUGAUGACCGAACUUGUAAUAUUAAUCGAUAAAUUUAGUUGUUUUGAUGAAUUUUUUAAAUUGGAAUCUGAAGAUAUUACCAAGGUUGUAGAAAAAUAUUCUGCUGAUGCUAACAAUGCCACCUUCCGGAUGACACGGAUGAAAGGUACGGCGAUGAAAAAGCAAUGGUGCAAAAUUCAUCAGGUUUUUGAUGACUACGUGAACUCCAUAAAACCAUUACUGGAAGCGAAAACUGGUCAAACAAUCGAUGAUGUACCGGUGCGAGGAAGAAAUCGUUCUAUUUCUUCGCUUUUUUGA